AUGUCAUUCGAACAGCAACAUUCAGAAAAGAAUGAUUCUAGUAGUCUACCGGUACUCAUUUCAACAGAGUAUCCGUCAUUAGACUGUCCUGCUACGUCUCCAUUGGACCUCAAUUCACCAUGUUCAGAUGAAGGAGUACCAAUAUCAAAUGGGGAUAAACUUUAUUUAUCCGAUGUGUUGGUGCCCUUCUCAUCAACUCCAAACGCAUCAUCCGAGUUGAAAGGUUCAAUGUCAUCGAGAAGACGAAGUCCUAAUGUGCACAAGGAUCACCUGAUAUGUUACAAGUGUAAGACCACUACAACUCCUGAAUGGAGGAAAGGACCAGAUGGACCUGCAACACUGUGUAAUGCAUGUGGACUAUCAUUUGCCAAGAAGCUUAAGAUGGAACAAGGAAAGUCCAAGCACUCUUCGAGCAUCAGCUUUUCAAACAAUAUCAUCCCGUUCAUUCAUGAGAACUUCACCAAUGUGCCACCUUCAACGUUCAUCCCAGUGUCUCAGGACUCCCAAACACAACAACAACUACCAAAUAUACAAGACUCAUCACAAAGCCUCACUGUACAUAGCAUCAAAGACGAGGUCCACACUCCAACUCAAACACCAACUCCUCCCACGAAUCAAACUCCAACUCAAAUUCAAACUCCAACGACAACACCAACUUCAUCACAAGCUCAGACUCCAACUCCAACUCCAACCCAAACUCAGACUCCGUCUGUUCCAACUCCAAUUCUUCGUCCGACUGCGGUGGCACCAAUCAAAUCAGAAUCAAAGUCUUCAUCGAGCUCACAUAACAAGAAGUCUUCAAAGUCUUCCAAGAAACCAAGCAAGGACAAGUCGCACACCUUCCAUCAAUAUACCAAUGCUCAGAAUAGCCAUAGUUACAUCCCUCCGCAUACUCAAGUGGUUAUCAAGCACUCCAAGUCCAAGAUGAAGUCCAAGUCAAAGUCAAAGAAGAGCAAGAAGUCCAAGCACCCAGUGGUUCCCGAGAUCCUGAACAUGCCCUCGUCCACCAUUGGUCCGGAACCUGUCGUCUGCACUCCAACACUCAUAUGCACGAAUCCUCCACCCCUGCCUCCAAGCUUCUCAAGCAGCAGUGAUCGAGCAUUCAAUCUCGAGAGUCUAGAGACCGUUGCAACAUUGCCCACCGAUGCAUGCCCUGGCAGGGACUCAAGCCCAGACGAUCACAACUACAUCCACUAUAUUGAUCCAAUAACUUCACAGACAUGUUUCUUCACCUACCCGCUAAAUGGACAACAGUAUACCAACGACAACAACUUUUCAAUCAACUAUCCACCAGUGGAGCCUACUGCCUUCCACGUCUCACAAUCUUAUCAAACAACACCAAGUAACCUACAUUAUUCAUCAUCAUUCCAAACAACUACCUCAUCACAAGGUAGUUGCUAUCAACAAUCGAUUGACUAUCAACAACAACCACCACAACAACAAUGUUAUCCAAUUCACCAAUAUCCAUCCUUCCAUAUUUCCCAAGCAUCUUUACCAUCGCCACCUGACACUUCAUCUGAUAUCAUUGACAUGGACAAUAGUUACAUCCACAACAACAAUAUCAACAACAAUGUUCAACAUGGCUAUGUCGACUACAACAUGAACAACAACAACAACAGCUAUUACUCUCAUUGUGUCCAACAACAACAACAACAACCAAUCAUCCAACAUGGAUACUGUGGUGGUAAUGAUAUCGGUUACUCGAACCAACAAUACGAGUCUGGACAACACUACUACACCUAUGGCAGCACGUCCUUUGGUGGUCUGCAAAUGGACACCCAGAGCUGGACGACGCCAACACCUCCCUCCUACAUGGACGGCGGUCAUCAACCGACCAACACACCAACCAUGAUGUACUAUCCCGAGAGCGACUUCUCGAUGGAUGCCUUUGCCAACAACACCUCUCAAUCACCAUUCCAAGUGUCACCAAUAAUGAAUGGUGCUCCAUUGUAA